AUGCGCUCCGGAACUCAUCAAUCGCUUUUCACGCCAGUUGCUAUAUUCCAUGCAUCAUUCCACAGAACACAAGGCAAUAUCAUCGACUGGUCCCUCAAAGCAAGUGACGAUUUGGAUCUUACGCAUGUCGAGUUUAGUUCCCUGCCGAGCGGGCUACACCUCAUAGAGCGGGAUGUAAUAUACUUCACGAAGGAUGAUUACCAAGGCGUAUGCGUCUUCCGACGACGACAAACAUCUGAACACGGCCAUAGAGGCUUCCGCCUUUCCUCGCUGGGCAUUCUCCUAGCCAAGUCCCCUCGAGCACGCCCAUGGCGGCAUGUAGCCGCCCUUAAGCGGCUUGUGAACUCUAUCUAUACUGCGCUCGACGAUAGAGACACGAUGGAGCCUACAGACGAGGAUUGGGAUCCCGCGCGCGAGUUUUUCGAGCAGCGCAAGGUGCGUCAGACCCUAGACGACAGCAGUGCAAGCACGAGUUCCAGCACUGGAAGCAACUGGCGAGGAUGGGCCGCUGAGCUGGACGGGUCUCGGUCCGACUCUGCUCCCACCGUACACCUUCCUCACCUCCUCCGCAUCCUUGGGCCCUCUUCUCUCACGUUAUACAAGCAUAUACUCGGCCGACGACGUGUCCUUAUCAUCACUUUGCCCCCUGUUGAAGCCGCCUGCAUUCUCUGCCAAGUCGCGGCUGAUACGUGCUACGAAGAGCAAGUGAGCGAACUAGUCUCGACGAUAGAUCCAAGUGAGAACGAGGAGAGUGAGCCACGACGGUUGAAGGGCAAGAGCACCUCUGGCAUCAAAGUUCUCGGCAUGGUCACCCUCAAUGAUCUGGACAAGCUCGCGUUUGAGAGCAAGUCAGGCCGCGGUUGGAUCGCGUGUACGACAGACUCUAUCUUCCUCGACAAACCGUCAUACUAUGACCUCCUUAUUGACCUACGUUCCGCCACGCCCAACACCCGGCCGGCAUUCUACGUUGCGAAACCCGUCGACCAGCUCAACGGCCGAGGCCCCACCCACCGCCUCUCCAGCGUCCGCUUCACUUGGAGCGAUGUCAGACUCUGGACCGAGCUCGACCGCCUCCUCCAGCUCGACUCCGAAAACGGCCACGACCUCUGCUGCGACCCCUCCCAGCACAUCGGCAAGCCACGCAGCAGCACCAGCUCCACCUGGACCGAUGUCUGGCGCGUCUACGAGGACGUGUGCGUCAUGUGCGCCGGCCUCUGGAUGGGCGCGUGGCGCAAUGGCAACUUGGGCCCGUCCUAUCCUGGCACUACCCCGCGUCGCUCGGCGAAUUGGGGCACGGGCACGGGGAGCAUCCGCCUGGAGGGCGACGACGAGCUCAACGCGCGCACACGCUCCGCCCCGUCCGUUCGUACGCUUGGCAUGGGCAUCGAGGGCCGGCCGUCGGGGAGCGGGAGCACGCUCAACGCGGGGAGGACGUCUCGCAUGAUGAGGAGGGCGAGCACAAUGUCCGCGUGGACGUGGACGGGCAUCAAGGGUGCGAACAACGCGAGCGACAACGACAAUGAUAACGAUGCUACCGACACGCAGCCCGCGACGGAGGACGUUCCGGCGAUGUUCAUACCUGGAGAGCGCAGCAACCUUCCGGAGCGCGCCACCCCGGCGGACGCAGCCACAAGCGCGACGAGGGACAGGCAGGUGCUCACGACGCUCGCGCUGCUCGACACGUUUCAUGCGCAUACGACGGCGAUAUUGUCAAGGCUCGCGACGUUGCUCGAGACGCGUAAGCAGUGCAGCCCCUCGUCUUCGUCACGGAGGGAGCGGAUAGUAUUGGGAGGCGGGGAAGGUGUCCGAGAGGGCGGGGCAGUGAUGCUGACGCCGAAGGAUGUGAUCUCAUUCGAGCUCGGGCCGUUCAGCGGGUUAGAUGCGCGGUUUGUGGAAUGGCUGGGGGAGGAGUACGGGGGUGGGGUACGGGUGCUCGUCAAACGCGGGUGGAAGGAUUUGGUUGGUCUCGUCUUCGGACUUGGUUGA